GGCCGCAGCGCCCGGGAUGCCGGAGGCCGCCGGAGGUGCCGCCGGAGGUGCCGCCGGGGCGGGCGGGAGCGGUAGCGGCGCGUAGGGCUGGGCUCGCCGCCAUGCCCAAGUACUACGAGGACAAGGAGGAGGACGAGCGCGCCUGCAGCGGCGUGCGGGAGGACCUGCGGCAGUGCCUGCUGGAGAGCCCCUGCGUGCUGCAGGAAAACAAAAGCCCUAAACAAUGCUUGAGGGAAGGACACUGUAGGAGUUUGCAAGUGACAUUCUUUGCAUGCAAAAGAUCAAUGUUGGAUACCAGGGCAAGAUUCAGAGGAAGGAAGGGAUACUGAAGUCUUCAUCAAGAGACCUAGCCAUGGGAAUUCAGGGUUCAUCAGCACUUUACAAAAAAGAGAGACUAAAGUAAGAAGAUUGUACCUGCUAUAUUCUUUCAUGCAGUGUUUUCGUGGAAGGUACCUGCUCCUGAGUAUUCUUAUAGAUUGACCUGGAUGUGCAUUUAAAUGUUAAAAAGAAGACAAGCCUAAAGCUGCAAGUUCUGGCCAAAAUGGGUACUUGUCAUGUACUUGAAAUAAAAUAUGUGAAAUCCAGAAUAAGCUGCAGAAUUUAUCAUUCUGUUUUGAAGUGAAGUUGUCUUCUGUGACCUUACUGUGAAUUCUGGUCAUGUUUUGCUUUUACAAUAAUAGAAGGUAUAGAACUGGGAGUUCACUUGAUGUGUUGAGGAAGAGUUUUCUUAGCAGACUGGUAUCCCAGAGGAUACCUCAGGAUAGAACUGUUUUCAGAGAUGAAGAGUUGACCACGGUUGUAAAAUGUGUGUGCAAGUUGCUUCCUCUCCAGUAGGUUUGCUGCCCAGUAAAUUUGCACUAAUAGAUGGGAGUUGUGAUGUUUUUCAUUCCCACACUGGUAAGGAAGUAGGAUCUGUGGGGGUAACAGUGCUUAAACUGUGACAGUGGUCAAUAUUAACUGGUUCUGAUUAAGACCUUUUUUCCCAAAGGAAUAUUUUUUUUCUUCUUUCAGUAUCUCUGUGUCAUUCCCUGCCUUUUAGAAGCCUUUAAGAAAUAAAUGGUAGUGUAACUUUUACAAGUGGCAACUCAAAUAACUUCAGACAAGGUGAUUAGAAACAAGAUUGGAAGAUAGUGAGAGUCAUAGUAACUUCUUGGCUGAAGCUUAUAGCCAAGUGUCUGAUUUACAUUUAGUCUGAACAGAUGCAUGCAACACUUAACUGUUUGUAAAAGUGAUGACUUCAGUGAAUGAGUGCAUGUUGAUUAUUUAAUUCUGUCUUAAGCAACUGUUCUGUGAUCAAAGACUGUUUAUAUUCCUUGUAUGUGUAGGACUUUAUUUUUGCAAUUAUAAAUCAACAUUGAUUUCA